AUGUCCUAUACCGAUGAUGCGGUGCUUGCAAAACUCUCAGCUUUGAAUGAGACGCAGGAGAGUAUCGUCACUGUCGCUCAAUGGGUCAUGUUUCAUAGGAGACAUGCGGACCGUACUGGACAGUUAUGGCUGCAGAGGUUGAAGGAUUCUUCUAGCAACAAGAGAUUGAACUUGAUCUAUCUUGCGAAUGAAGUCGCACAACAAUCGAAAGCUCGGCGCAAGGACGAAUUCUUGAAAGCUUUCUCCCCAGUCAUUGCCGAAGCCACAGCGUCUGCAUAUAAAGGAGCAACCAACGAGGUACAGCAGAAGCUACGAAGGGUGGUGGAAGUGUGGAGGCAGCGGCAGAUCUUUGAAACUCCUAUACAAGAUUCCGUGGAGUCGAGGAUUGAUGAACUAGAUAAGACCCGAUCUUCAGGUGGCAAACGAAUGGGUGGCUCUAUAUUCACGAGUUCGACUGCAUCAAGUGCCGUUCCAAACGAACUGGCCCCCCUCGUUGAACCACAGCAGACCAUUUCCCAGCUGGUCCUUUCCACGAAAACGUCUUUAAACGCCGCAAAUCAAGAAUACGACAGAGUUAAUGAUCCAUCGGUCCCUACUCCAUCUGCACCAGUACACGCGGCUCGGCUCAAUGGUCUCCUUAAAGUCUUAGCCAACGCUGAGGGCGCUGUCGCCGAGAGUAUCAAGGCGCGAAACGUUCUUAUAGAUGGAUUGGAGAAAAUUCUCGGGGCGAAUCGCGAUGCACUGGCUGCAGAAGAAAGUCAGCUCAUGGAACUUCGAACCCGUCGGCAGCGGACGGAUGCAAAACGCAACGAAGUGGAAGACAGUAUAAUGCGCGGAUUUGCUCCAAAUAGUAACCCAGGCACACCCGCCAUUCCCGAUGGAUCACCUGGUACAAGCCAUUCUCCAGUCACGCCAGCGCCAGAGCCGGAUCGCCCUGAAGUAGAAGCGCUGACACCACCUGGGUAUCCUCAUGCACAACAAACAGAACCGGUAUCUGAUUUCGACUUAAAUGCUGCCAAUGGGGCGCACAACUCGGCGCAUACUAUGGCCGCCCCUCAAAACGCCCCUCUUGCAGCUGCUGGAUCCGAUUUGCUUGCUAGCUUGUCGGCUCCGUAUGGCAGGCCUGCCUCCGGGGCAAGUAACAGUGCCAAGAAACGAAAGUUCGGUACUGCCACGGAUUUCCCAGAUCUCGGUGACGAUGCAAUGGAAGGGCUGGACGCUGAUGUUGCCGAUAUACUGUGGAAGGAUAAUAAGAACGGCCAUUGA